AUGGAUAUCAUAGCUUGUAGUACCUUUGCUAUUAUUAUUCUGUUAAUAUCUGUAUCAUGUGGGACGUUUUACAAAUAUUUUGUGAAAUCAGAUGAAUCAACAUUAUUAACAGCAGUUGCCUUUAUUUUAUCCUUAAGCACAAGUUUUAUUUUGGUUUUGUUCAUUCCAAUAGAUAUAUAUCUAGUGUCCAAUGGAAACUUAGAAAUUUCGAAUUUGGAAAUAAACCAGAAACUUAUAUCCAAAUUUUAUCAUUUUAUGUUUUGGGUGCUAAUAUUUGAAGCAUACGUUGUGGUUCCCUUUUCCUAUUUUUAUCUCAAAAAUAAGAAUUCGUAUAAAAAUGAAUUUGAUGAUAACAUAAUGCCAUGCGAAAAUGCGAUAGAGUCUUUAAAAAAAACCAUAUAUUUUAUAUUUUUCUUAGUUGUACUGUCAAUAAUUGGGUUAAUCUAUAGACCGGGUCAUAAGCUCGCUAUGGAAAAGGGAAAAGAAAUGGAAUAUAUUUCUGACUUGUUGGACAUGAAUCACACUGGACAGUCGGCAAUUUUGUUUUUGAUGGGAUGCAUUGUUUUGGUGGGUGUUUCGUUCUGGGCCACAUACACAAGUUAUGGAAUAGCUUGUCUACCCUUAUCAUUCUUACAACAAAAAAAUAUUGAAUAUGAUAGAAUAGAAUUAGAAAACCGUUUUACCAAUUUGAAGGAGAAAGAAAUGAUGAUUAAAUAUAAAUAUAACACUUACAAUGAAAUAAGAGGUAACGAUAAAUAUGAAAUGGAAAAAAUAGAAAAAAUGAAGAGAGUGUUAAGUAAGUACAACUAUAAACUUCAAGAAAUAGAAAAAUCGUCCGAAUCUUGGGUUUCGUAUGUUACAGGAAUAGGUCUUACGUUUAGGGUUAUAACUGGGUUAAUAUUUCUAACGUUUUCUUUUAUAAUAUACAUAUCCUUGUUAGCCUCUAUAACUGACAAAUAUUUUAAUUCUAUUUGUGCCUAUAAAUGUGGUUUUGUACUGGAGCAAAUAAAUACUAUAUUCAAUUUACUGGAUACGUUGCUUAUAUUUUUUUCACGGUUUUUUCCCUUGGAUAUUUUAGUCAUAGCUAGUUUAGCUAUAUACAUUUUCUGUUGUUCUUUAUAUGGAAUUGUAAAUGUAGGAAUACGCAUUUUCUUUAUACCCUUGUAUAGAUUAAAACCAAAAAAGUCUUCACCUGAGACGCUUCUAGUUCUUUGCUUUUUAAUUAUUCAUAUUAUUCUUGUUCUGAUAAUGACAUUAUUAACAAUUGCACCGAACUACAUUACCUACGGAAUUCAGAAAAUAAAGAUAGACGAUAAUAUAGGAUAUAUAAAAUGCUCCUUAAAGACUGAUAAGAAUGUGUGUAAGAUGUCUGUUUUAUCAGUCUUCUUUAAUAAGAUUUUCUUCGGCAUUCCCUAUUUUGCUAACAGUUACUUCUUUUCUAACUGGAUGUUUAUAUUAAUGUACACAUUCGCGUUUGUUUAUCGCAUUUUUUUCAAGAAGAUAAGCUAUUUGGACAACAUAGAUGAACAAGACUUUAACAAAGAGGACCUCGACGAAAAUAUAAACCUCCUUCCGUUGGAAACCUUGACCUAG